AUGGCCCCUCUACCAACAAUCACGACUUGCCCUGCUGAGCUGAGUGCCGAGUUUGAUCAUGGCGUUGCCUCAGGACUUUACUCGACCUUCUUUGAGGAAUGCCUUGGUUGGUUCCACCGCAGGAUGGAGGAUCUGAGCCUCAAAAGCACCUGUUUGCUGGAGCCUGCAUUACAGCAUGUGGACGCGGUGCGCUAUCUGUUCCGAACAUCCAUCCCAACUGCUGGCGUCUUCUGGGCCAAGUCCAAUGAACAUAGCCAACGGCAGUGCAAGGCGUGCGACGAGGUCUGCGAGCUCCUACGUUGGGGCGAGGUUCAACGGAGACGAGAGAACGCCUACCAAGGGUCCUCGUCUUCCCGCGUCAUCCAUGACAGCUACCUUGAGCUCGAUCUCUGCGCAAGCGUGACGGGCUGCGAUACUUGUCGGAUAAUCCGGCGCGCUUUCCUCCUGGAACAAAUUACCGGGAAUGAUGCAGAGAGUCUGGGGCACCCCGACAAUCAAUGGCCAAUCCACGUCAUUCUGCAAAUGGGGUCCUCCGGAGGCAGUCUCCUGCAACUUGCCAUUAAGUCACCUGAAGCCCUUCACUUUUCUGCCACCAUCCGCCUGAGCAAUGGUCCAUGGCCGCCACCUCGGGACGUGAUUAAAGGCAUCCCCAGCCUGCGCUCGGAUCUCAGCGAGCUACGCCGAGUCAUCGACGACUGCCACCGCAAUCAUGAAUGCUCUUCGCGAUACCGUUGGUCCCGCCGGAACCCAACCUGGCUGCUCAAAAUCCUCACUAGUGAUCUUGUGCAACUGGUUGAGGGACCACCGACCCCCGUCGAUUACGUUGUGCUCAGCUAUUCCUGGGGCGACCCGGCGACCAUGCCCGCCGCCGAGUGGGCGAGGAUCAAGGGAGCUGGCACCAAGACGAUAGACGGCCAACCCGUCCCUGAGCGACUGAACCCGUUUCGGAUCUGGGAUCUCCCCGAGACGAUGCAGGACGCCAUCAGAAUAUCGGCCUCGCUCGGGCUCUUCUACAUCUGGAUCGACAACGUCUGCAUACCCAAGGGCACCAAUUGGGAUACCGAGGCAUCCAAAAUGCACGAGGUGUAUGGAAAUGCCGCCUUCACGCUUCUCGCAUCCUCCAGUGGCAAAGCAACAGACCGUCUGCUACGGGACAGAUUAGCUUGGACGCACCGGAACAGGGUAUCUCAGCUGCGUGAGCUUUGGUGGCUCCACAACACGCAGAUGCCGCUGGACCGCGUCCGUUUCGAGUCGCCCGUAUCGCGGCGAGGGUGGACGCUACAGGAAGAGCGCCUCUCGCCAAGGAUUGUCUACUGGGCGGGCCAGCAAUGGUACUGGUCCUGUCCCGAGUGUCAGGUCGUCGAGAUGGGCGAGCCCAACUGCACCUCUCCCACAGCCGACGAAGCGUCUCGGAGCUAUCCCCAGCGUUUCCUCGAGCUCUGCCGGACGGGGGAUGAGCAUCAACUCCACGAAGAGUGGCUCGACAUCGUAGAAGCCUACACUCUCCGGGACCUGGUGUCGCCCAAGGACCGAUUUCUCGCCAUUGCUGGCCUUGCCGUGCGCUUUUAUAAUGCCAAGGCGGGCAAUGGCGGAACCGUCAUCACCGAAGACUACCUGGCCGGCCUGUGGAAGGACAACUUUGCUCGACACCUUGCCUGGGCGGUAGCAACCGCUGUUGAUUCGCGCCACAGCCUGCAGCAUAUCGCACCGUCGUGGUCCUGGGCAUCGCUGCCACUACAAGUGCGCACCAAAGCGAAAGGGCCGUUCACGCCGUCGGAGCACUUCAGAUUCAUCGCGGUCAGGCACCUUGGACCAGCGCGCCCCACGAGCUUCUCAGCCACUGGGCUACGCGAAAGCUCAACGGGAGACGACGACCCCUCGACCGACUAUGUCAACCGCGGUCGAGUUAUCGAGGAACGGGGCCGACGCGUAAAGGCGGUCGAAGUCCGAGGCCGGUUCCGCCGUUUUAUUUCCGAGGACGCCCAGCAAAUGCUGUGGGACGACAUCGAGUGGAAACGCGGCGCGGGCGGGAGGCCCCGGUUCGACUUCGGCGCCUUUCCCGGCCAGAACGUCUACGCUCGGAACCGGGGUGACGGGCGGAUCGUGUCGAAGGAUGCCCACAGCGGCGAAGUGGUCGGGCAGCUUGACUAUCUCGUCCGUCCGUCGGACCAUGACGCACCACAAACUCGCCAAACGCCUUAUGUUCCGGAGGGGAGCGAGAAGGAGAUUGUGUGUCUCGAGCUUGGCGACUCGGCUAUGCUCUUGCUGGUGCCGAGCCGCAAAUGGGGCCAGCCUAAGGCCUUUCGGCGGGUUGGAGUGGCUGUUGGGUAUACGGGCAGGAAGGGUUUCUUUUACGGAUGCUGUACGAGGAACGUUGUGAUGGAGUAG